AUGCGGAAUAGGGUCAAUAAAUUACUAUUCUCGUUAGUUAUUGUUAUUAUAGUUUUGGAUAUUUAUAAUGUUGAUUUUCAGGAUAGCCAACCAGUUAAAAGGAUUGAGAACUGCUCGAGAUCGGAUAGAAUCAUUAGGACUAGCAUCUUGUCCAAAACAUGGAGGUCCAAGUGGAGAUAUCUUCCCCACUUGGUAUUUGAUGAUACUUUUUAUCGAACAUCGGUAUUACCUUCUGCGGAACAACCUAACAUUUCUAAACUCUUUCUUAAUAUCUUUACGGUUUUAUUAUUUCACCAUGGACCCAUUUUGAGUUUUACUUUUCAUCUUCCUUUACUAAAGAGUUGUCCUGAGAUCGACCGGUUGAUUCUUUAUCUGAGCGAGAAAGAUGUUCAUGAAUUUUUCUUCGAGAUUGGAGAAAGUAAACGCCAUGUAUUACCAUCCUUUCUGUUCUCAUGUGUGACGUUAAGGCGCUUGACUUUGUCCUCAUGUUCUUUCACGGUUCCAUUGGCAUUUCAAGGAUUUGUUAACUUGAUUUCCCUUACAUUUUUGCGGGUUCCUUUUACUUCCAAUGUUUUUGAAACUAUCAUCUCCAAAUGCCCUUUACUUGAGAGACUUUCUAUAAAGCAUUGUAGUAAAUUUGAUAACCUCGAUAUUGACAUUCCUUAUCUCAAAUUCUUUGAGUUCUCUGGUUCUGUUGAAUCUUUUUGUUUUAGAAAACCUUGUGAGCAUCUUUCAACAUUUUCAUUUAAUGGAGAUUUAAGCGCUCACGGGACUUCUGAACCAACCAAGCUUUUCGAAAGCCUGCCUAUCGUCAAGCACUUGCAUCUAGGAUAUAAGUAUAUGCGUUGGCUUAUUGGGAGAAUGCCGAGGAAACUUUCUCUUAGCUGUCUUAGAGUUCUUGAACUGUCCGAUACACGUUUUGGGCGGUCGGAUAUGAUCUCUAAUGUUCUUCGCUUGAUUGUGAGCUCUCCUAACUUAGAGAAGCUUGAGAUUGGGUAUAUGGGAUAUGUUGGUGAAGAGCAGCCUCUUGCCCCAGAACUUAUAAAAGUAAAAGACCUCUUAGCUAAUGCAUUGGAAAAACUUCGAGUGGUGAAGAUAAAACUCCCAUAUGCAGAAGUAGUAAAACCUGAAGUUGAAUUUAUUAAGUUUCUAUUGGCCGAAUCAAAAGUUUUAGAAAAGAUGUUAAUACAGCCUGCCGAAGGAACAAUUGCCGAGAAAGGACUGAGGUUUUUGAAAGAGAUAAUUCAAUUUGAACGUUCAUCAACGAAAGUAAAAAUUUUAUACUUGGAUCCUUAGUAUGAUGGUCAAGUUAGUAGUCUUGGUUUUGAAGGGUAGGGAGUUGAUCUUGCCUGCAAAUCAAAUCAUUGUUUUGGUGAAUAAUUAAUUAGCAGAUGUUACGAAAUCCCGUCUUUCUAAUUCAUGCGAUUAUAGAUGAUUUUACAAUCCUAAGGUUUAUUCAAAUUUCAAAUGUUAAAUGAAUUUAGUAAGUUA